CGGGAAUUACGCUGCGUAAAAGCACAGCAGGAUGCGUUACAGCCAAAUUCCUGUUUGAUUUUGCAUCCGAUACUAAUUGCAGUACUCCGAAUUUAAACAGAAGUAAAUAGUGGUUACUCUGGAGUCACUGAGCAGACCUUGUUGAUCAUGCCUCGCGUCCAGCCCUCACCACGAGCGGCGCGUAAAAGCGAGUGGCUGCGGAGCACCCUGGCCCACCACCACUGCCCUGAUCCCGGCGCGGAGAACGAGAUCGUAGUGCUUGCAACUGGAAUAGACCAAUACCUGCAGGAGGUCUUCCACCACCUGGCCUACCCAAACCGGGAAGAUACCGUGUCAGCAGAGGACUUCACCGAGCUGUGUGCCGUGCUGGGACUCACCUGGGCAGAGAAAGGAAAGAGGACUAACAAAGGAGCAAAAGACGGAGAAAAACACGAGGAAGAUGAAGAGUUCAGGGAUGUAUGUUCAGAGCUUCCUUGCCAGCUGGCCUUUAAAGACUUCCACUCGCGGCUCUGUGGGUAUUUCCGUGUGCGCAGCGCGCGUCGAGGCACCGGGGUGUGUGCCUGGCGCCUGCCUGUUACAGAGGACACGGAGCUGGUGGAGAGACAGAUCAGGGUACGGUGGCCUCGCGCAAGACGGAGAAAAUGUGUGAGUUUUGAUCUGACAGGAGAUCAAAAUGGAGCCUCAAAGGGAUCAAUGAAAGGUCGAAGCGCAGAGGAGCGCGAGUCAGAUGAGGUAGCAGCUCUGAGGGAGCUGGUGGAAGACCUCCGCUCAGCACUGCAGGGGAGUGACGCUCGCUGCCUGGCCCUGGAGGUGGCCCUCAGGCGGGAGAGGAGCCGCACACUUCCUUCUCCAUCCAGACUCAAAUCUACGGUUUCAUCUCCGACCACUUCCAUCACCCUAAAAGAAGGAAAACUGGUACCAACACACAGGAUUAAAGGACAGGGCAGCAUCACAGGAAUAGAUGGGGUAAAGAGAUUUGGCAGGAGACGGGACAUCAGGGACCCCCUUCUGAGGGAGCUGAGGCUGAUCCGCUCCUCACGAGACGGACAGCUGGAGGAAGCCAUCAAAUAUAAUGAGCGUCUGGAGGAGGAGCUGCAGUGGGCAUACCAGGAAGUACGUAAACGUCAGGGGGUGGAGUCAGCACUGAGGAAAGAGAACACUCACAUCAGGAGGCGGGCAGAGGAGGCCAGGGAGGCUCUGAGUUUGGGGCUUCAGAGGGUUCGAAUGAUCCAGGAGAAGGCUCAGUCUGUGCCACAGCUCCAGUCCAGGAUCACCCAGCUGGAGACUGAACUACAACAGUACAGAUCCCACUGCACCUGCAUCCCUGACCCCGCCCAUCAACAAACCGGAGCAGAGGACACCUGUAGUAAAACAGAUUCAGAGUGUCUGCAGAGAGCGGUGGAGGGCAGAGCUGCCUCUGAUGAAGAAGAGGAGGACAGGGGGAGGAGGGAGACUGAAGAGUGCAGCCAGAGAGAGAUGACGAAGAGCAUCAGCAGACAGCACGACUGUGGAAAAGAAUGUCAGACCAAUAUGGUCCACCAGCGUCCCUCUCUUACACAACCACAUGAGAGAAACCUCAGCACUUUGAAGGACAGCAGGGGGCGCUAUGACUGGAAAGGACAAAACCAAGAGCAGUCAGAGGGGAGCUGCUGUAUUGAUAAAGAUAAGAAGCCCAAGGAAGAAUUGGAAAAGACGAGGCUGGAGGAGGAGAAAGAAAAGACACGUCUGUCCUUACUGGAAGAUAAACUCACAGAUGCUCUCACUCUGCUGCUGCAGCUCCGCAACAAGAACGUGUCCCGCCGAGUGCUGGGGAAGAUUGUGAUGGACACUCUGGAUGUUUGCAGCAGGAGUGGAGAUGGUCCGUCUCAGGUCCUGCAGGUAGCAGAUGCCCUCUGCGUCCGGCUGUCAUCCAGAGAUCUCUUUGGAAACGGCGCGGACUCAGAAGCAGGAGACAGUAAAGAGAAACUGAUCAUUCCAUCUUCAGGGUGUCAAAACAGCACCGCCAACUCUCUGCUCAUUUCCUGUUGAGCUACUGCAGCACUAUUUAAAGCUUAAAUUCAUUCUUCUCUAUUUUAUAUUUGUCUUUU